AUUGAUGAUGGGGCUAUGCAAACUAUCUAUUCCUGGAUCUGGAUCACAGGUGCUGGCCGAACCACCACCAUGCCUCUGGCUAGAGAUCUAUUGCAUCCUUCCUUGGAAGAGGAAAAGAAAAAAACAUAAAAACGUAAGAAGAAACGGUUGGUUCGGAGCCCAAAUUCUUACUUCAUGGAUGUGAAAUGUCCAGGUUGCUACAAGAUUACUACAGUUUUCAGCCAUGCUCAGACAGUGGUUCUUUGUGUAGGUUGUUCAACAGUGCUGUGCCAGUCCACAGGAGGAAAAUCCAGGCUCACAGAAGGCUGUUCAUUUAGAAGAAAGCAACACUAAUCAUCUAUACAUGUUCCUGAGUUUGUGUUUUUCACAGAAAGCCUUAUCAAGUUCACUGACUCUACCAAGACUAUGUAACUAUGUUUGAUUUAUAAAGUAUACAACAAUGAUCUCCUAUUUUGGUGUCAGAUUUUCAAUAAAGUUUUAAUUAUG